CGCAAGAACUGUUUGCAGUGUGGCAUAUCGAGCGCGGCUGGCCGCUCGCCAAUUGACUGGAGUUUUGUUUGAGGUGCCAGCAGGCCAGACCUCGCAAACAAAUGCGACUUUAUCCUCGAGGCAGUAAGGCGGAGACGUCAACUUGUAAAAUAUCUACAGCCUAAUUCAUGCCUGUUGCUCCAUGGAUGCUGCUGCAUGUUAUCAGCAGCGAUGAAUAAUUUCCAUUGAAGAUGGGUUUCAUCCCGACUUCCCAUUACCACUGAUUCUCGAAUCCUUCUCGGAUACGCAGAGGGAAUCUUAUGAUGCCGACGUCGACGAUCUCAAUCUCCCCUCUGCGUGAGGAAGACAUCCCGGGAGCUGUUGAUGCGAUCCAGGAAGCAUUCGCUGAGGACCCAUACAAUUUAUGGGUCUACAAUGAUCGUUCGAAGCUUAAUUUGAAUCGAAAUCGAGUAUCUCUUGGAAUCAGGUGUCGAUGGGGUAUCCGAAAUGCUUUAUUCUACGUAGCCAAAGACCUGGUCAGUGACGAGAAGGACAAAGUCCUCGGUAUUGCUAUGUGGAUACCCCCUCGUCAGACUAAGCUAAAGAAAACCUGGGGAGAAUGGUUAGAAGGAUGGAAACUCUGGUGUCAGCAAGUUGGAAUGAACGUAUGGUAUGGAAGGGGCGGUUUGAAUGUGAAGCGUUAUUACAUCUGGAAGCAAAGACAAGCUGAGGCACAAUCUGAAAUAUGGACCGAUCCGAAAGGUUAUUACUUUUGCAAUGUCAUUGUUGUCCUUCCAGAGGCACAAGGAAAAGGAAUCGGGCGGGCUCUGUUCCGAGAAGUCACCCAGAAGGCAGAUGCGGAAGGCAGGAGAUGCUAUCUUGAGUCGAGUCGAGACGAGCCGAACACGAAGAUUUAUGAAGCCAUGGGCUUUCAUUUUGUCAAGCAGAUGGAUUGUGAUGAUGGUGGAGAUGUUUGCCAGUUGUACUGCAUGGUUCGAGAGCCCCAAAGUCCUCUUUGAGACACCUCUUGCUAGACUUCAACAUCGCAAAGGUUGGAACGAAUUCAAAUCCUUCCG